AAAACAAGGUAAAGCGAGUAGAUCGUGAUUCGUACACAAAUGCAGGCAGGAUAGUGCAUUAGUUCGCGGUAGAAAGCGUCCGUUACGGGGUCUUGACGUCGCACCAGCAACCGAUCUACCGAUCUCAGAUCGAAAAAGAUAAAUAAAAAUAGGUUUGCCGCUAGAAAGACCUUUCUUCGUGGCCGAUCGGGUGUGAAAUUUUGCUAUAGGUUUCGGGAUAUCUAGAGUGCACAGAUCUGUGAUGCCAUUCUGAGAAUAAUGUGGUUUCGAAUUAUCGUCGCAGUGUUAGUUGUGGGAAACGGGUGUUUUGCCCAAAAUGGGUACUACAACGUUAUUGGCCCCCGUAUCAUCCGACCCAACAGCGAGUACCAUGCCGCGGUCAGCGUUCACGCCACUUCAGGUCCGACAGCCAUCACGGCCACUCUACAGGGUCAGUCAUUGACAGGAUUACCUUUCCUGAUGAGGUAUAAAGAUGUCGUGCAGCCUUAUUCCAGUGUCAUAUGCCGAUUCGAGGUUGGCGAUAUAAGAGAUGGCGAUUACAAACUACACGUUUCUGGAGCCAGCGGAUUACCAUUUGAAGCUGACUUUCCACUGGAAUUCGUGGAAAAGAGUUACUCCAUCUUUAUACAAACGGAUCGAAGUGUUUAUCAACCCGGUUCGACUAUUAUGUUUAGAGUAAUUGCUCUUAACCCAGCUCUGAAACCAGCAGCUGAAGUACGAAAUGAGCUACUCCAUAUUCAUAUUGAGGAUGGAAAAGGCAACAGGGUAAAGGAAUGGAGAGAUAUUGAAGCGACCAAAGGUGUAUUUUCGGACGAGAUAAAACUCAGCGAAAGUCCAGUUCUGGGAAACUGGAAUAUAUCGGUCACAAUCCAUGGACAAACUUACAGUAAAUCCGUCGAAGUUGCCGAAUAUAUCCUGCCCAAGUUCAUUGUCGACAUUGACGUUCCCAAGCACGUUACGUUCAGGGAAAAAAUAUUGCCUGUUGCUAUAGAUACAAGGUACAGCUAUGGUAAGAAAGUUUCGGGCGAAGCUACUAUCACCGUCUACCCAACAAUUUACUCUGGAGUAAUCCAGCCUAUUUUCCAAAACCCGAUAAGAAAAGUGAUCAAGAUAGAUGGUGCGACUCGUGUCGAUUUUGAUAUAGAAAACGAACUUGGAUUGAAUGACGAAUACGAAAGAACUGUUAUAGUUGAUGUAACCAUCGAAGAAGCUCCGACAGGUCGAAGGCAAAACAACAGCGUGGAGGCGCAUAUUCAUAAGUAUAAGUAUAAAAUGGAUUUGAUUAAGACGGCGGAUUACUUUCAACCAGGACUAAAAUAUACCGCUUAUGUAAAAGUGAGUAAUCACGACGGUACUCCACUGAGAGAUGACGAAAGAGAUGUGGUAAUUCGGCAUGGGUAUUCUAGAAGAGACGAAAUUUAUGAAGAGAAAACUCAGAGGCUGGAUAAAAAUGGUGUGUUAAAACUGGAAUAUGCUACACCUUCCGAUGUAACUAAUACGACAGCACUUAGAAUAGAGGCCGAGUACAAAGACUUGAAGGAAAGGAUUUCACCAAUUCCGGCUGCAGUAUCUUACGGAAACACCUACUUGCAAGUCAAUUUGGAAACGGAAAAACGCAUUGUCAAUUUGGACGUCGACGUUAUUGUGAACUGUACCGAACCAAUGAAGUACAUCAACUAUGUGUUACUAGCUCGAGGUGAUGUCCUUUUAACAAAUACUUUUCAAAUAGACAAUCAGAAAGUGUUUAGAUUCCAUUUUACUGCUGUUCAUGCCAUGGUACCUGUUUCGCACUUAUUCGUUUACUACAUAAAGGAAGAUGGGGAGUUAGUAGGAGAUGUAGUUGAUGUAGUAGUGGAAGGACUUUUCGAUAACUUUAUCAAUAUUGAUAUCAACACAGAUGAAACCGAACCCGAACUCGACGUUGAACUGACAGUUCGCGCCCGUCAAAAUUCUUACAUCGGUCUGAUGGCCGUGGACGAGAAUGUCUUCUCCCUUCGUCCAGGUUACGAUAUCACACCGCAAGAUGUCGCAGAAGAGCUGCAGAGAUAUGAUAUUGCCGCUCCUUCCCCGUACGCUUUGAUAUCCCGCGAAUCGAAUAAACCCUUUGUGUGGAAACCAGGUGCUAGCAAUCCCCAUGCAGCCGUAUAUGAUGCUGGAGCAGACUUAUUAACAAACGCUCAUAUCAACCGGCAUAAACCAUCACUGGAGGAUAUUUACCUACGACCAGUAUUCUACGGCUCAUCCACUGUUAAACCGGACAGAGGCUUCGGCGUUCCAUUACAUUCCGUCACCAGACCACCAUUAGCAGGCCCUUACGCUUUCAGUCGCAUUCCCAAACCUGUUUGGAACAAGCCGAAAGUCUACCUCACCGAGGACAUCGCACCUACUUGGAUGUUCACCAAUUUCUCGUCAGGUUACGAGGGCAAAAGCUCGAUCAGAAGAAAACUUCCUCCAACCCUAACCAACUGGCUGAUAAGCGGAUUCUCGCUUGAUCCAAUCAGGGGGUUGGCCUUGAUGACGCAACCGAAGAAGCUUAAAGUAUCCAAGUCGUUUGUGGUGUCGUUGGAUUUGCCGUAUUCUGUCCAGAAAGGGGAAAUCCUUGCUGUUCCGGUUGUCGUGUACAAUAAUAUGGCUCAAGAUAUAACUGCUGAAGUGACGUUGCACAAUACGGAACAGAAUUUCGAGUUUGCCGAGGUGUCUAAUGAUCUGAAUUAUACUAAAAAGAUCGAGCUAUAUCGCAGGAAGAAAGUAAACGUUGGUAAAAAUUCUGGAGCAGCUGUGUCUUUCAUGAUCAGGCCUUUAAAGGCAGGCUCAGUAGAAAUCAAAGUUACUGGAAACAAUCCAAGAAGCCAAGAUAUAGCUAUACAACACCUACAUGUUGAUCUUGGUGGAGAAACUGAAUACUAUUCCAAAUCAGUUUUAAUCGACAUGCGACAAACCAGUAUGUUUAAAAAAUCCAUUAAUUUCACUAUUCCGAAGAACGUAAUAGAAAAUUCAGAGAAAAUUGAAGUUUCCACGGUAGGAAACCUUCUAGGAACUGCGAUGAUUCAUUUAGACAACCUUAUUAGAUUACCAACAGGAUGUAGCGAACAAAAUUUAGUUCAUUUAAUGCCAAACAUAAUAAUAUUGCAAUACUUGAAAAAUACUCAACAACUGACACCUACCAUAGAAAACGAAGCUAUAGCUAACUUGGAGAAGAGUUACCAAAAGGAACUUUCUUCCAAACGAGAUGAUGGUUCGUUCAGUCCAUUUGGAGAAAGAGAUAGUUCUGGAAAUAUUUGGCUAACCGCUUAUGUAGCUUUAUCGUUGAAACAAGCCAAAGAAUUUAUUUACGUCGACGAUAACAUAAUUAGCGAAGCUUUGGAAUGGCUGGCACGUAACCAACAUGCAAACGGCAGUUUUGUCGAAACCGGAACUGUAGUACAUGACGAUUUGCAAAGCACCGAUGGAAAUAGUCUCGCAUUAACUGCUUUUACUCUAUUGGCCUUUAUUGAAAAUCAGAGAAGUUAUAGUGACGAUUAUACUAACGUAGUUCAUAAAGGACUGGACUACAUAACGAGAUACAUGGAUGAGUCAGAAUCAACAUACACCGUUUCUAUUUGCAGUUACGUUUUGUAUGUAGCUAAGCAUACGUCUAGACAGGGCGUUCUUAAUUUGUUGGAUAGUAGAGCCAAAACGAAAGAUGAUAUGAAGUGGUGGGCAAAAGAUGUUCCCAAAAAUGAACAAAAGAACCCCUGGAAUCACCUACCCCGGUCAGUCGAUAUAGAAAUGACGUCGUAUGGUCUUUUGACUUUCCUGGAAGCCAAUCUGCUGGAUGAUGCACUACCUGUCCUCAACUGGCUGGUAAACCAACAGAACAAUCUUGGAGGAUUCACGUCUUCCAGGGAUACGGUUUUGGGUCUGCAGGCUCUAUAUCGUAUGGUGCAAAGGUUGGCAGCUCCGGUUAAUUUGCAGUUGGAGUUUAGCUACAACAAGGGUAAAACGGGCAAAUUUAGUAUUAAUCAGAAUACUGCAAUGAUUCUUCAGUCUACUGAGAUCGACAAGCAAACACGGGAAGUAAAUGUUACCGCUAAAGGAAAUGGAAUUGGCCUGUUUAGAGUGUCUUACCAAUACAAUAUGAACGUAACUGGACCAUGGCCUCUAUUUACCUUAGAUCCCCAAGUAGACAAAAACUCGAACGUGGAUCAUCUUCAGCUGUCAAUCUGCACAGCCUUUGUGAGCCGAAACUUAUCCCAAACACGUUUGAGCAAUAUGGCUGUUAUGGAAGUGACGUUACCAUCUGGAUUUACAGCCGACAGAGACUCACUUCCAAGUCUCGAAGUGUCACAAAACGUCCAGAAAGUCGAGACUAGUCAUGGCGACACUAAAGUUAUCUUGUAUUUCAAUAAUUUGACGGUCACUGAAUAUUGCCCGACAGUAUCGGCGUACAGAACUCACAAGGUGGCUAAACAAAGGCCUGUUCCUGUAGUAAUCUAUGAUUACUAUGAUACUUCAAGAAGAGCUAGAGUAUUUUACUGGGGUCCUAGGGCAACUCUGUGUGAUAUUUGCGAAGAAGAAGAUUGUGGGGACAUAUGUUCAGCAGCUUUCAAAGCUCAAAAGAGUAUAGAAAGAGGAACGGGAGAUUUCAGUGCAAGUGCCACAACGAUUAAAGCGCAUGUGACUGCAGUUUUCUUGGCGGUGAUAUCAGUUUGCGUUGCAUUGAUGGGUAGUUAGAAAUUGCAACUGAAAUUCAAAUUUUCAACAAAACGAAAUUGCCUUCGUGCCAUUGAUGCAUAUAAAAGUAUACAGACUAUAAUUUAAUUUUAAAUUUGUAAUUAUAGAUGUUUGCCAUCCUUAUUUCUUACAUUGGCAUAAUUUAAGUUUUUACAGAAAAUAUCUGAUACUUUGAUAAUAUAAAACUAUUAAAAUAUAAAUAAAAAAAUAAACUUAUUUCUGACUAAUUAGUUGCCAAAACUUACGUUUCUAUAAAAUGACUUAGUUUAAUAUUAAUGUAAAUAUUGAAGUAACAAGUACUGUGAUCUAUAUUUUAUAAUAUAGCCCCCUAAUAUAUAGAGUAAUCACUUUAUUAUUAAGUAUAUAACUUAUGUAUUAAUAAUAUGUAAUGUAAGUAUCUAAUUAUUCUAAUUGAUUUUAAAUAUUUUUAGAGGUUUAUUUAUUUUAUAUUAUUAAAUAUCUAUAUAUAUAUAUAUAAUGAUUGUUAAAUUGUAACUAGCUUUUUUAUACAAAUGAAAAUGUAAAUACAUAUAUUAACAAA